GUCUCCAAGUCCAUAAAGAGUUAGGCAGGAUAGUGCUGAGGCAUCACUGGACAGCAUUAAAACAACCGUCUGUCCAGGGCUGCGUUACAGCCACCCACCGCAGCCCUCCUCUCUGCCACUGCAGUCCCACGUUCUGUACCACUACUGCCCUGUUGGCCGGAUUAACUCAUAGAACGGUGAAAAGACCAAACAGACAUCAUGUCUGAGAAAAAGAUGUCAUCGAGCCGCAAGCAUCAUCUGAAGAGCCUGAUGCUCCAGAUCGCCCAGGAACUGAUAGCGGAAGAGGAAGCCCAGUCUUUAGAGGACAGGAAGCAGUACAUGAGUGAAAAUAUCACUCCUCUGCAGCUCACAGGAUCCAUUGCAGAACUCCAGGACCUGUGUAAGAAGAUGCACCAGAAGAUUGAUGUGAUAGAUGAGGAGAGAUACGACCUGGGCAGCAAAGUUGGCAAAAGUGACAAAGAGAUUGAGGAUCUGCAGAUUAAAGUACAGGACCUCAAGGGCAAGUUCAAGAAGCCCGUCCUGAAGAAAGUCCGCAUGUCUGCUGAUGCUAUGCUCCAGGCUCUGCUGGGCUCCAAACACAAGGUGUCCAUGGAUCUGAGGGCCAACCUGAAACAAGUCAAGAAGGAGGUCAAGGAAGAGGACAAAGAAUCUGUGGGUGACUGGCGUAAGAACAUCGAAGACAAAUCAGACAGAAAGAAGAUGUUUGAGACUACGAAGGAGUAGAUGUUCCUGGAGUUCCAGACAGGAAGUAGUUUGAGACUCAUAAGGAGUAGAUGUUCCUGGAGUUCCAGACAGUUUGUUUGUUUUUCGUCUCUGGCUAAAUUAAUCUAAGAGGUAGUUCCAUCUCUCUAGGACUGUUGUAAACAGAUGUUAAUGAAUGGUUAUGAUAUCUAAGAGGUAGUUCCAUCUCUCUAGGACUGUUGUGAACAGAUGUUAAUGAAUGGUUAUGAUAUCUAAGAGGUAGUUCCAUCUCUCUAGGACUGUUGUGAACAGAUGUUAAUGAAUGGUUAUGAUAUCUAAGAGGUAGUUCCAUCUCUCUAGGACUGUUGUGGCAGGUGUUAAUGAAUUGUUAUGAUAUCUAAGAGGUAGUUCCAUCUCUCUAGGACUGUUGUGGCAGGUGUUAAUGAAUGGUUAUGAUAUCUAAGAGGUAGUUCCAUCUCUCUAGGACUGUUGUAAACAGAUGUUAAUGAAUGGUUAUGAUAUCUAAGAGGUAGUUCCAUCUCUCUAGGACUGUUGUGGCAGAUGUUAAUGAAUGGUUAUGAUAUCUAAGAGGUAGUUCCAUCUCUCUAGGACUGUUGUGACAGGUGUUAAUGAAUUGUUAUGAUAUCUAAGAGGUAGUUCCAUCUCCCUGGGACUGUUGUAAACAGAUGUUAAUGAAUGGUUAUGAUAUCUAAGAGGUAGUUCCAUCUCCCUGGGACUGCUGUGACAGGUGUUAAUGAAUGGUUAUGAUAUCUAAGAGGUAGUUCCAUCUCCCUGGGACUGUUGUAAACAGAUGUUAAUGAAUGGUUAUGAUAUCUAAGAGGUAGUUCCAUCUCUCUAGGACUGUUGUAAACAGAUGUUAAUGAAUGGUUAUGAUAUCUAAGAGGUAGUUCCAUCUCCCUGGGACUGCUGUGACAGGUGUUAAUGAAUGGUUAUGAUAUCUAAGAGGUAGUUCCAUCUCUCUAGGACUGUUGUGACAGGUGUUAAUGAAUUGUUAUGAUAUCUAAGAGGUAGUUCCAUCUCUCUAGGACUGUUGUGACAGGUGUUAAUGAAUUGUUAUGAUAUCUAAGAGGUAGUUCCAUCUCUCUAGGACUGUUGUGACAGGUGUUAAUGAAUUGUUAUGAUAUCUAAGAGGUAGUUCCAUCUCUCUAGGACUGCUGUGACAGGUGUUAAUGAAUUGUUAUGAUAUCUAAGAGGUAGUUCCAUCUCUCUAGGACUGUUGUGGCAGAUGUUAAUGAAUUGUUAUGAUAUCUAAGAGGUAGUUCCAUCUCUCUAGGACUGUUGUGACAGGUGUUAAUGAAUUGUUAUGAUAUCUAAGAGGUAGUUCCAUCUCUCUAGGACUGCUGUGACCGGUGUUAAUGAAUUGUUAUGAUAUCUAAGAGGUAGUUCCAUCUCUCUAGGACUGCUGUGACCGGUGUUAAUGAAUUGUUAUGAUAUCUAAGAGGUAGUUCCAUCUCUCUAGGACUGCUGUGACAGGUGUUAAUGAAUUGUUAUGAUAUCUAAGAGGUAGUUCCAUCUCCCUGGGACUGCUGUGACCGGUGUUAAUGAAUUGUUAUGAUAUCUAAGAGGUAGUUCCAUCUCCCUGGGACUGUUGUGACAGGUGUUAAUGUGUGUAAUCAAAUCAAUCUGUAGUUCUGUUAAGUAAUUUUGUUCCAAUUCAAUUUCUGAAAAUAAAUGAUUUGCUGAAAAAAAAAAAUA